CAACCCUGGCGCUGAGAAGCUUGUGUGCACGCGCAGUCUGUCAUUCGCGAUACAUCCGCCAUGGCUUUCGUCACGCGCCAGACCAUCAGGACCCUCUCAACUUCUGCAGCAUUACAUGCUGCAAUUAAACAUGUCACUAUUAUCGGAGGCGGACUGAUGGGUGCUGGCAUUGCACAGGUUGCUGCAUCCACAGGACAUUCAGUGGUGUUGGUGGACACAUCUGAGGACAUACUGAAGAAAUCUACAAAGGGUAUUGAGGCUAGUCUGAAGAGAGUGGCAAAGAAGAAGUUUGCAGAAAAACCUGAGGAUGGAGAAGCAUUUGUUCAGAAAGUCCUGAAGAAUGUCUCUAUAAGCACAGAUGCUGCAUCUGUAGUUCAGGACACCGAUCUUGUGGUGGAGGCUAUUGUGGAAAACCUCAAAGUCAAACAACAUCUGUUUGGAGCUCUGGACAAAGUGGCCCCAGAACGCACCAUCUUCGCAAGCAACACGUCGUCCCUGCCGAUCGCAGACAUCGCCAGCUCCACGGCCAGAUUAGAUCGCUUUGGCGGUCUGCAUUUUUUCAACCCCGUCCCAAUGAUGAAGCUGGUGGAGGUGAUUAAAGCUCCAGCAACAAGCCAACAGACUUUUGACGCUCUCCUUGAGUUCAGCAAAGCUUUGGGGAAGCAUCCUGUCUCAUGCAAAGACACUCCAGGUUUCAUAGUGAAUCGUCUGCUGGUUCCUUACAUGGUGGAGGCCAUUCGACUACAUGAGAGAGGUCACGGUUCCAAGGAAGACAUUGAUGUGGCGAUGAAGCUUGGAGCUGGUUAUCCCAUGGGGCCGUUUGAGCUUCUGGACUAUGUUGGCUUGGACACUGCGAAGUUUAUAAUUGACGGUUGGCAUGCGAUGGACCCCGAUAGCCCCCUGUUUGCCCCCAGUCCCCUGCUCAACAAACUGGUGUCAGAGGGCAAGCUGGGUAAGAAAACCGGCGAGGGAUUCUACAAACACAAGUAACAAGUGAAGAUUACCAGCCUUUCACCUUACGAAAUGCACUGGACUGAGCCACUAGUCCUCAAAAGACUGAGUUGCACCAAUGUUAAUGUAUAUAGUCAGGAAUGAAACCUAAUUAGAGUGAUCAGAUGCACCAGUUUUCCCAGGGAAGUCCUGUAUUAAAUUCUGGACCACCUGCAAAUCUAUCAGGACAUAAAAGGUCUAUAAGACAGCAAUGUCUUCCACUACAUCUUGUGCCUUGCUAAAAUACUUGUGUUUAUAAACUUUGAAUGAGUGUCGAAAAUUAAAAGGUUUGAAAAUGUC